UACGCUACGCAGCACGGAUGGAACAACCGUGUGCGUGUGUGUGUGUGUGUCGUACUGCGAAAAAAGGAGAGGGAAAGGGGACGCACGCGCUUUAGAGUCAUCCAUCGCCUCUGUCGAGCGAGAGCAGCAAGCUUGGGUCCAGUUCGCGUUUGUUGCCCGUGAAGGAUGCCUUCUGCCAACCCUAAACUAGAGAAGCAGGCCUCUACGGAGGCCGUAGACCCGAUCAAACAAGCGAUCAUCGUGAUCGAGCACAAGAUCCGGAAUCUCGAGAAGCGCAAGGGCAAGCUCGAGUCCUACCGGGACAUCGUGAAGAAUGGCGGCGAGCUCAACGCUGACCAGAAGACGGCUGUGGCCAAGUACGACGAGGUCCAGCAGACGCUGGACAUCACCCGGGAGCUCUACAAGCAGAUCGUCGGUAUCGCCAAUGACGCCGCCAAGCAGCAGAAGAAGCUCGCCAGGAAGGAGGCCCUCGAGAGGAUGCAACAGGACAUCAGCAAGGUUCGAGAGGUGUUGCUGAUACAGGACACCUUGAUGAACAUGGGCGCUCAGGGGGUACGCGACGACUUCAUCAACGGUGUCAAUGGAGCCAUCAAGCUGGCCGAGGAGGACAUGAAGUACUUGGACGAUCUGUACAACGAAGUAAUGUUAAAACACGAGAGGCAGGAGAGUGAACCAUCGUUUCUUCAACAAGCACAGAAAGUUGCUGAGCAUUACGUGCUGAUUGUUGACGGAAAGCAGAGGGAGGUGGUAGGGACUACCUAUUCCAAACUCAAGGACAUCAUCACCUCCAUAACCCAGUGUGGAUACUUCGAUCAGGUCCAGGACGUUGAAGUAGCUGUCGAAGAGGUAACGCAAGCGGUAGCCGAGACGCAAAUCGGCAACGCGCAUGUACCCGAGCAGGUCAACGAGGAGUACAAUAAUCAGACUCACAUUCCACUGCAGCAACCCGAGACCCUCAUGCCCAUGCAAACUUUUCCGGUUCCGGUAGCCGCCAUCCCGGUGGUGUCGGGAGCUGCACCAGUUCCGACUCCCAUGCCCGUUAUUGCCCAGCCAAUUCCGGCAAUUCCGCAACCUCCCGUCGACCCGUCGUAUUACACGAACGCCGCGACUUUUGUACCAGCCCAACAAGUUCAACAGCAGCCGCUUCAGCAACCACCGCAGGCUCCAGCUGCGGCUCCAGCUCCGAGGAUCAACGACGUCAUUGGACCAGCAACCAACUUCUUUUUCCUGCAAGACUCCGAGCUUGAUGCUCCGGAGGUUAACGCUCCUGUCGCGUCUCAGGCACCACCAACUGUCGUAUCACACAUUCCUACUGCGGCGACUGUUGUUGCUACCGCAGUUACUCUUAAUGCCCCCAUCCCUACUCAAACAUUUACCAACCAGUCUUUCGCUGGUCCACCCGUUGUACCACCUCAGGUAAUGUAUCAACACCAACCACCUCAGGAGAUGUCACAUAUGCCUGCUUUUGGAAACGCCAAUCCUCAAAUUCCAAUGCCUACGUCGCAUCAAACUGGCAUACCAUUCAAUCAACAAUCUCCUGGUAACUUCCAGCAGCAACAAACUCAGACUUUUGAACAGAUUCCACAACAAGAAAACUUGACGUCACAAAAGGAAGACACUCACGAUAACGCGGACAAAAGCGGAAACGAAACAGGAGUUGGCGAGGGUGACGUUGGCCAGAAUAAUGGCUCUUUGGAUUGGGUACAAACUACGGACAACGUAUCCGGAGACUGGAACUCGGAAACGCAACAGUCCAAUCAAGAUUCGCAACAGGGACAGAAUUCUCAACAAGUCUGGGCCGAUGGACAACGAGGAGGUUUCCGGGGGCGCGGUGGAAGGCGCGGCAAUGUAAACGGCUAUAACAAUCGCGCACGAGGAAACUAUCAACAGAACGGCAGAGGAGGCGGCUCCUACUAUCGCAAUAACGAUGGAGGAAACUAUCAAAACGGGUAUCAACGCAAUUGGAGUAACAACAGCGAGGGUAACAGCGGCUACAGCGGCGGAUUUAAGAGGUCGGCCAGCAAUCAGUCAAGAGGCGGUGGUCCUCGCGGAGAAAGAUCCGGCAUGGAUAGAGGUGGACGUAGUGGCGGCGGUGGCAACUUCCGCGGAACUCAGCGAGGCGCUAAUCGUACUAAUUAUGCACCUCGAGGUAAAGCUCAAACGCAGAAUUAAAAACGCCAUUAAGAGCUACAUGCUAUAUUGACAGCGAACUACAUUUAAAAAAUUCAAUUCCAUUUUUUUAAUGAUUCAAGUCGUCAAACUUGUUGACAAGAAGCACCGCGGUGAUAUCUAGAUACUCGAACGAAAGUGAAAUUUACUUUCAAAUGCAAAUAGUAUUGAAUUCUAAAGUAAAAUCGAUUAAUAAAUUGCAUGAGCCAUUGAUGCUUGGAAAUCAAGUCGAAACCAAGUUCAUUGUCCAAUUCUUUUUAUUUGUUUUAUACUUUAGUGCUGUGACUAUGUUACAAUGAUACUUGAUUUUAUCCAAUUCACGUGUACAAAAUGUUAGAGAAUUUAUCAAGCGAUUUUAUUUUGAAUUCUAAAUGUUAAAUGAAAGUAUUAUUAAAUGAAACCAAUUAAGUAUGAAACGAAGAUAUUUUAAAAGAUUAACUUAUUUCUCUUUCGUAAAUUGAGACUUGGAACAUUUUACAAAUGGGCUGUUGAAUAAGUGAUAAAAAAAUAUAGCUAAACUUGAAUUUGGUGUCCCACAAUAAAUUGGGCAAAACUAUUGCUUUAAUUUCUAACGUAAAGCGAAACAAACAAAAUAGGUGGAAAAAUAUGAGCGAUCAGCCAAAUUCAAAUACACGUCAAUCCACCAUGCAAGUAUUAAUUGUGUUGUGACAGAAGGCAGUUUUCACUGGGCAACAACAGCUGAUCCAAAAUUAGAAAAAAAUAAAUAUAAAUUUAUUUAAAAAAUAUCCCCCUAUCCAAAAAAAAUAUGUGCAUUUUAAACAGAUACAUGUAAUCAUGUAUUCAAUAUCAGAUUGAGUUGGGAAGGCAAAGACGAUUGUAUAUGAUGCCAGAAAGUGACUGAUUUGUAAGUAGGAUACACGCGCUCAUAAUUUUUAGAAUAGGUUAGGAAUGAAUUGUUGAUGUAUCAUAUUUGUAUGUGAGUCGCGCUUUGGCUUCAUUUCGGGAAAUUGGCUUUAUCUUGCCAGCCCGAUAAAAAGAAACAAUGAAUAAACUUAGACAACACCCGUAUGACUCUUCGUGUUGCGACGCAGUGUUCUAGUGAUUUUUUGUAAAUGCCAGAAAAAAGAGGAUCCAAGAGCAAUGCUUUUCUCACACCUUUAUCUUGAUACGUAAUUUUUAAUUCUGUCAGCUCGAGAAUAGAACGAAAAGAAAACCGUAAUCUGUAAUAAACUUAUCAGAUUGAAAAAUAAACGUUUUGGGAUUAA